AUGGGUCUCAUCGACAGCGUGCUGCACGCCGUGGCGCAACACUGGCUCGCCAUCUCGGUCUCGCUGGUGUUCGCCUACCUGUUGAAGAACCGGUUCCACAAUGGACUGAACAAGUACCCGGGACCCUUCCUGGCGUCCCUGACGGACUGGUGGAGGUUUUGGGAUGUCUACGGGCAGCGGCCCGAGAUUACGCACCAGAAGCUGCACGCAAAGUACGGCGAUGUCGUUCGCCUGGGCCCCAACUCUCUGUCUUUCGCCGACCCCAAGGCCCUGAAGCAGAUCUAUGGCCUGAACAAGGGCAUGGUCAAGUCCGACUUUUACAUCGUCCAGCAGGCUGUCGUCCAGGGCCACAGGCUCUCCAGCCUGUUCAGCACGACGGACGAGAACUUCCACGCCCAGUUCCGGCGCUGCGUCAACUCGGCCUUUGCCAUGUCGGCGCUGGUCCAGUACGAGCCCUUUGUGGACAACACCACCAAGAUCUUCCUCAAGCAGACCGAGAAGCUGUUCGCCGCCAGCAAGGAGGCCUGCGACUUCACCCGCUGGCUGCAGUUCUACGCCUUUGACGUCAUCGGCGAGAUCACCUACAGCAAGCGCCACGGCUUCAUCGAGAAGAACCAGGACAUCGACGGCAUCGUCAGCUACCUCACUGGUCUGUUCCUCUAUGUCGCUCCGAUUGGUCAGAUCCCCUUCCUGGACCUGCUCUUCCUCAAGAACCCCAUCUACCUCAAGCUCUCCCAGUGGGGCUGGUUCGACGCCACCUUCCCCGUCGCCAAGUUCGCGCGCGACCGCAUGGCCGAGCGCCUGUCGGACACGUCGAGCGAGAAGGGGCCCCUGCUGCCGACCAAGGCGGCCACGAUGAAGGAGUCGCCCGACCUGCUGUCCAAGUUCCUCGCCGCGCACGAGACGCGGCCCGAGUUCAUGACCAACAACCUCGUGCAGACCAUGGCCGUGUCCAUGGCCUUUGCGGGCUCCGAGACGACGGCCAUCUCGCUGUCGUCCGUCUUCUACUUCCUCCUGCGCAACCCGGCCUGCCUGGCCAAGCUGCGCCGGGAGAUCGACGACGCCGGGCGCGCGGGCCUGUUCAGCGACACCGAGACGGGGCUGGUGACCUGGCACGAGGCGCAGAAGCUGCCCUACCUCGACGCCUGCAUCAAGGAGGCCUUCCGCAUGCACCCGGCCGCGGGCCUGCCGCUCGAGCGCAUCGUGCCGCCGCAGGGCAUGGAGGUCUGCGGGCACCACGUGCCCGGCGGCACCAUCGUCGGCUGCUCGGCCUGGGUCAUCCACCAGAACCGGGCCGUGUUUGGCGACGACGCCGACGUGUACCGGCCCGAGCGGUGGUUCGCGCGCGAGGGCGCCGACCCGGCGGCCGAGGAGGCGCGCGUCAAGGAGAUGAACGGGACCAUGUUCCAGUUCGGCAUGGGGUCGCGCACGUGCAUCGGCAAGAACAUUAGCCUGUUGGAGAUUUACAAGCUUGUGCCUAGUCUGUUUAGGCGGUUCGAGAUCAACUUUGAUGACCCGUCCAAGGAGUGGAAGCUCGUCAACGCGUGGUUCGUCAAGCAGAACAACUUUUGGACGAGGUUCCAGGUCAGGGACAUUGUUACCCCUGACACGCCUGUCAAGGCAUAA